CGCGCCCGGGUUGGCUACCCCGGCGGCCUCCUCGGCAGUCAUGGCUUCUCUGAUGUGAUAGUUUCCCCCGCCCCCUCGCGUAGGACGCGGCGGCGGGGCGACGGUGGAGAGCCCAACUUUAUUGUUCCCCCGGCCCACCUCCCGGCGCGUCCUCAGGAUGCUCGGGGGCUGAGCGCCGGGGGCGGCGGAGGGUCGCGGUCCGACCGGGCCCUCGCCUCAGAGCGCAGGACCAAGGGAGGGAGGGAGGGAGGGAAGCACCAUGUCAGGUAGCCGCCAGGCCGGCUCGGGUUCCGCUGGGACGAGCCCCGGUUCCUCGGCGGCCUCUUCGGUGACUUCCGCCUCCUCGUCCUUAUCCUCGUCUCCGUCGCCGCCUUCCGCGGCGGCCUCGGCGGCGACGCUGGUGUCCGGCGGGGCGGCUCCGACCGCGGGCUCGGGUGGCCUCGGCGGCCCGGGGCGGCCUGUGCUGGUGGCGGCCGCGGUGUCCGGCAGCGGCGGCGCCAGCGGUGGCGGGGCGGUGUCCGCGGGCCUGUCCCGGCUCAGCUGCGCGGCCAGGCCCAGCGCCGGUGUUGGAGGGAGCAGCACCAGCCUGGGCAGCAGCAGCAGCAGCAGCAGCAGCAGUAGUAGCAGGAAGCGACCUCUGCUCGCCCCGCUCUGCAACGGGAUCCACAACUCCUACGAAGACAAAAGCAACGACUUCGUUUGCCCCAUCUGCUUUGAUAUGAUUGAAGAAGCGUACAUGACAAAAUGUGGCCAUAGCUUUUGCUACAAGUGUAUUCAUCAGAGUUUGGAGGACAAUAAUAAUAGAUGUCCCAAGUGUAAUUAUGUUGUGGACAAUAUUGACCAUCUCUAUCCUAAUUUCUUAGUGAAUGAACUCAUUCUCAAACAGAAGCAAAGAUUUGAGGAAAAGAGGUUCAAAUUGGACCACUCAGUGAGUAGCACCAAUGGGCAUAGGUGGCAAAUAUUUCAAGAUUUGCUAGGAACUGAUCAGGAUAACCUUGAUUUGGCCAAUGUCAACCUCAUGUUGGAAUUACUAGUGCAGAAGAAGAAACAACUGGAAGCAGUAAGUGGUGCCUAAACUUAGAAGAUAGUAUGGAGAUUUCUCUAUGUAGGUGUUAGGAAUCAAACACAGCAAUUGGAACAGAUCCAGAAGGAACUAAGUGUUUUGGAAGAGGAUAUUAAAAGAGUGGAAGAAAUGAGUGGCUUGUACUCUCCUGUCAGUGAAGAUAGCACAGUGCCUCAAUUUGAAGCUCCUUCUCCAUCACACAGUAGUAUUAUUGAUUCUACAGAAUACAGCCAACCUUCAGGUUUCAGUGGGACUUCUCAGACAAAGAAACAGCCUUGGUAUAACAGCACAUUAGCAUCAAGACGAAAGCGACUCACUGCUCAUUUUGAAGACUUAGAGCAGUGUUAUUUUUCUACAAGGAUGUCUCGUAUCUCAGAUGACAGUAGAACUACAAGCCAGUUAGAUGAAUUUCAGGAAUGUUUGUCCAAGUUUACUCGAUACAACUCAGUAAGACCAUUGGCCACGUUAUCAUAUGCUAGUGAUCUCUAUAAUGGUUCCAGUAUAGUUUCUAGUAUCGAAUUUGAUCGGGAUUGUGACUAUUUUGCAAUUGCUGGGGUUACAAAGAAGAUUAAAGUCUAUGAGUAUGGCACGGUCAUCCAGGAUGCAGUGGAUAUUCAUUACCCCGAGAAUGAAAUGACCUGCAAUUCCAAAAUCAGCUGUAUCAGUUGGAGUAGUUACCAUAAGAAUCUGCUAGCCAGCAGUGACUAUGAAGGCACUGUUAUACUAUGGGAUGGAUUCACAGGACAGAGGUCAAAAGUCUAUCAGGAGCAUGAAAAGAGGUGUUGGAGUGUUGACUUUAAUUUGAUGGAUCCUAAACUUUUGGCUUCAGGUUCUGAUGAUGCAAAAGUGAAGCUGUGGUCUACCAAUUUAGACAAUUCCGUGGCAAGCAUUGAGGCAAAGGCUAACGUCUGCUGUGUGAAAUUCAGCCCCUCCUCCAGAUACCAUUUGGCUUUUGGCUGUGCAGAUCACUGUGUUCACUACUAUGAUCUUCGUAACACUAAACAACCAAUAAUGGUAUUCAAGGGACACAGAAAAGCAGUCUCUUAUGCCAAGUUUGUUAGUGGUGAAGAAAUUGUCUCUGCCUCAACAGACAGCCAACUAAAACUGUGGAAUGUGGGGAAACCAUACUGUCUGCGUUCCUUCAAGGGUCAUAUUAAUGAAAAAAACUUUGUAGGACUUGCUUCCAAUGGAGAUUAUAUAGCUUGUGGAAGUGAAAACAAUUCCCUCUACCUGUACUAUAAAGGACUUUCUAAGACUUUGCUGACUUUUAAGUUUGAUACAGUCAAGAGUGUUCUGGACAAAGACCGUAAAGAAGAUGAUACAAAUGAAUUUGUUAGUGCUGUGUGUUGGCGGGCACUUUCAGAUGGGGAGUCCAAUGUGUUGAUUGCUGCUAACAGCCAGGGUACAAUUAAGGUGCUAGAAUUGGUAUAAAGGGUUUCCUGAAGUCAAAUUGUGUUUGAUCCUCCUGAAAACCAUCUGCAGCAGAUGAUGAGAAAAGAAAGAAAUGGCAUGUGAUGUCUCUCCAAAGUCAUCCUGGGUUUUGGAUUUGUACUGAGUACUUUUUUUCCUCCUUUUACGCCGUUGGGAAUACCCAGAGAAUUCUCCGCCAUCAGUGUAACUAUGAACUUUGCUGUUGGCAUUGUGGCUAAUUUUUGUGAUAGGGAAACAAAUUCUUUUAAAUAAAAAUAAAUAAAAAAUAAUAAAAGUUUAUUGAGCCACAGAUGAGCUGGGAAUGCCUUUGUCAGGUGUGGUGAGAGUCUUUUGAAGAAGUAUCCUAUCUGGGAUGUAGAGAAUGUACUGGCUGGGGCAGGAAAGAGGCUUAGUGUAAUAAGAGCUGGCUGCUCCUGCAGAAGAUCGAGGUUCAGUUCCCCACACCUGCUUAGCACCUCGCAGUUAUUUGUAGCUCCAGUGGGAGUUCUGGGUCCUCUUCUGGCCCCCUGGAGUACCAGGUAUGCAUGUGGUGCACAUACAGGCAUCUAGGCAAAAUGCUCAUACAUUAAAAUGAAAAUAAAUUUUAUUUUAAAAGAAAGAAAAAAAAUGUACUGGUGAGUAAUUUUAAAGUUGUUUUCUCCAACCUCUUUGGAACCGUGCAUAUCAACAUGAACAAAAGAUAAAAUGUGUGGAUUCUUUCCAGUGAGCUUAAUGUUUAUAAUAAAAAAAGAAUUCCUUUCUAUACAUGAGAUUAUCAUCAUCAGAUCUUUUGUGUUCCUCCAGAUCUGGCCAAAGAUAUAAGAAUUUUGACUUACUGGGCCAGUUAUCUUUGGCACCAAUAAGCCUUCGAUAAAGUGAAGUCAGCUUUUGUUUUAACCAGACCUAUCCAGAUUGUACUGGCCAAGACUGAUCAGUGACCUGUAGCAAGUCAACUGACCUUUUCGGUAAAGGAACAUAUAGGAAAUAUUUUAGGCUUGCUGGGCUGUGGUCUCUGCUGUAACUGCUGAGCUAGCUCCACCAGUGCAGCAGGAAAGCAGUCAUAGAUAUGUAGACAAAUGAGCACGACUGGAGAUGGGUGAAGUUCCAGACUCUGCCUGCAGCUCAUUAUCUCCAAGCCCCUGACCUGGAAUUAAACUUGUGUGCUCUGGGACUCCUAGUUUCCAAGCCAUGUGACCUCCUAAAUUGUCUAAUUAGUUUAUAAAUCAUUUAACAUCGCAGAGCAUUGGGUCGAGCAAACGUAACAUGGAGAGUAGUUAAAUCUGAAUACUUUUAAGCAGAAAUGGUGCAAGCAAAUUUUUUCACACAUUUCAUAAAACACUUGCAGAAAGGUUGGUUGUGUCCCUCAGUUAAAGGUUAUUGAGACCUAAGUAAGCUUACAUCUUUUUCUCUGUGUAUGUAUUGAAGCCAAGUGUCUCUUGAAAUUUAGAAUCUUUCAAAUAUCAGAAAAUUCAGAGAACUCAUGAAACGAUAUUAAAUAGCAACCCCAGCAAAACUAAAGCAGUAUUUCAUGGUCCAGCACACACUUCUGCAGCAAAGCAUGCGUGUUCAUAUUGUAUGAGAUUGGCUAGGAAAGAGGAAAAAGAAUCUUACAGUUUAGGUAAGGUUUUAUCUUUAAAUGACUUUUCUUCAAACUUAAGUGAAACUUACUAGUUUUCACAGCUUCUAGAGAAUUGCAUCUUACGUGAUUUCUAGAAUUUAAAACCUGCUAAACAUUUGGCCCCAAGUGUGAGAGAAAGGGCUGCUAUCUGGGGGCCAGAGAGACUACUCAGUAAUCAGGAGCACUGCUGCUCUUGUGGAGGACCCAAAUGUGAUUCCGAGAAACCACAGGGCUGCCCACAACUGCUUAUAAUCCCAUUUCCAGGGAAUCUGACACGGUGCACGGGCAUCCAUGCCAGUGAAACACCCACACACAUGAAUAAAUCUUUAAAAUUUCAAGUUACCAUCUGUCACCAGUGAAUGUUGAGAUUAAUGAAUGGCAGCUUGUGGAAAUGUAGGGAGAGUGUUCUAAAAGAGAUCCUGGUAUUAGAGCUACAUGUCCUGAAAAUCUUUAAAGUAGGAAGUAGUUAAUGCCACCUCGAAUGAAUUCCUUUAAAUGUUGUUUUUCCAUGCCCACAUUUUUAAUUGUUCUCCUCAAGCUCUGUUUAGUAGAGUUGGUCAUGUUAGUUUCCGUGUUUACAGAUACAAUAUUCUGUUUGGUUAUCAAAAGGAUUUGUCCUUUUUUUAAAUAAAUUAUUUUAAGCUGGU